UUGAACAAUAAAAUGUUUGUGUUCACGCUCCUGGUGCGUUACAGACGUUGUGUUUACUGACGAUGGCCUGUGAGGUCGUCCGCUUUACCACAGCAGAGCUUUAUUGAAUUUAUAUGAUUCUUGGAGAAGAGUAAACAAAUAAAGAGGCUGACGCAGACGUGUCACAGGAUCUGAGGUUUCCUCUCGGAGCAUUUGGACAAAGCGGGAGCGAUGGGACCUCGUACGGCAGUCACCGCUUCCAAGGAGGUGAAGGUGGUGAUGGGAGGAGCCCGGCUGAGGAGCAGCAGUGAUGGGAGCAGGUACAGCAGGAGAGAGGUCGGCCUCCGCAGCAACAGCAACUCUUCAUCCUCGUCUUCAGUCCUCUCCAACCCCAAAUCAGUUCUGAAGAGACCGGUGAGCACGGAGGAGCUGCAGCAGCCGGGAGGUCCGUACGUCAGGAGAACGUUCACUAUUGUGGGUGACGCUGUGGGUUGGGGGUUUGUGGUGAGAGGAAACAGACCGUGUCACAUCCAGGCUGUGGAACCCUGCGGCCCAGCGGCCGCUGCAGGGAUGAAGGUUUGUCAGUUCGUGGUGUCGGUCAACGGGCACAACGUUCUGGAUCUGGACUACCGCAGCGUCAGCCACCUGAUCCUGACCGGACCCAGGACGGUGGUGAUGGAGGUGAUGGAGGAGACCGACCACUGACGAGUGACAGAACUCUGAGAGUGUGACGGUUUGUGUGGCGUCCUGACUUUAAUCAAGUUACCGCAUCUACACCUGACAUGGAAAUGUGUUUUUGGUAAUCAGAUCACUAUCAGAUCAAGAGCAUGAAAGUUCAGGUGUAAAUCACAGUAUCAUGUGAAGUGGAUCCGAUCGGCCAAACAACCUCUUGAGGGCGUCAGAGAUGAGUUGAACCACAAAAAGACACAACAUGGGCUGAAAUACUGUGUGAGGCAGCAGCAGCUGCUAACUGCUGCUAGCUAGCAGCAGUUAGCCAGCAAACACAGGAAGCAGUCAAGUUACAUUUCAGUUUGGUCCAUGUCAUGUUAACAUGGAGGAGGCAGGGUUUGUGACCUGUAUUGCAGCCAGCCAC